AGUAAAGAACGUGACUAUAAUUACAGGAAGGAUAAGCAACACACUCUGGUAUGUUAUAACAAUAGUAAAAUAAUAAUUAAACUUUACAAGUUAUUUAUUGUUUGCCUUGGGGGUCGUACAGGAUAUGGCAUGUAUCUCUUAGGUUCAAGGGAUAUCAAGCUGAGGAUGUGCAGGCUUACUUCGCGCGAAGAUUAAGUGCCAGACAGUAAAACCUAGGGGUGGAGCUUGGAGAGACUCCUUUAUAGUCAGACUCCACACCGUGGCCAGAGAAAGCAGAGAGAAGGGACCGGCAUCGCAUCAGGGACCAAGACCUGAGACCUGGGAACUUUUGCCCUGAAAGCAGAACCAGUCAGCAAUCUUCUGAGGAUCAGAGACCAGGGAGACAGGCCCAGAGGGGGAAGAACAAGAAUGCGAUCUGCUUUCCUAAUGGUUCUGACAGCCUGCGGAGUACUGGCUGAAGACAGCAUGAUGCACAGGAUGCAGAGCUGCAGUACACACUGUUCUCAGCAGGUGGCCACCAUUCAGGAAGUACAAUGCAGAGGCAGGUCCCACUCGCCCUUUGACUUUUGCAAGGAGCCGGCCACAGAACUCAACCGAACAACAGUUCAAGGUAUCACUGUUUCCACGGUGAUGAAGUGUGAGCAGGAGCAGCGCUGUUCCCCACACCUGAGGGUGACGGCCGUGGUGCAGCUCACCAAGCAGCUCCGGGGUCUGGCUCUCUGCUUGUUCUCUGCUGGGAUGCUGGAGACAUGCAGGGCCGUCACCUUCCCCCGGCGGGACCUGCAGAGGCUGACGGGACAGCAGGUCUUGGUCCACGACGACUGCUUUGAUGUGAGACCUGGCCUAGAUGUUCACGUCACACUGAAAACUAUUCCCAGCUACUGCAACCUGACCUGGUCACAUGACCUCAGAGUGCCAGGGUGUAACAAUGUAGACCUGAGGGAGAAUGUUCCAGAAUGCAUCAGUGGAACCAUAGAGUUCGUGGUGGAUUGGGAGCAACAGGAGCUGUCCGUCAUGGUCUCUGGGAUCCUGGAGGACUGGGAUUAUCACCUUAGGCUGUGUUUGAAGGGGUUCAUCUGCAGGGGCACCAGCAAGCACAUACUGAUCAAGAAGGAGGAGCCCCUGAAGAAUGCAACGCUGCGCUAUACCCGAGCACUGCCCUGCCUCUGCAUCGAGGGAUGGCCAUCCAUGCCCGAUGCCCGCAGAACACAAGUCUGCCCAUUCAGAAACAAUACGGGGGAGCUGUGGAAGGGGGUGACCUUCGACGCCGAGCAGGAAGUGUUGUCAUGGGAACCAGAAUGCCCCGUGGAGGCGGUGGUCUCACUCUGCCAAUCAGCAGGAGAGCUGGACUGCCAUGACCUUGCCAAUUCCAGCCAAGUGGUCAGCUCAAAGAAGGUGGUGUUUUCCAAGGUUGACCCCCACCCAAAGCUUUGUGUGAAGUUCAGCACGGCCGCAGGAUCUUGGGUUAAAUGUCCCUUUGGAAGACAGAAUGCAGCCUGGGAUCUUACCUUCAGCUCAGUGGCACAGCAUCAAAGAGUCACCGUGAACUCCUACAUCGACACUGAGGUGGUGUGGCAUCUGUGCCGGAACAGCGAGCCCAUGGAAUGUGACCAAGUCGCCUCAGUCGCUGUGGAGAAAUUUAAGCCUGUUGACAUCAACCUAACCAUGGAGGUAUGCAGGCCAGGUGUCUGUAUUCAGGUGAGACGGACUGAUGUCAACUUCUCCGUCCAAGUCCUUCACUGUGACUUCCAGUGCUCGGACAGCUACCCUGAUGAGGAGAAAACUGGGAACGGCGCCCCCUGGCUGCUGCUGAUACUCUGCUGCCUCUGUCUGCUCACCCUGGCUUCACUCCUUGCAUUUAGUGCAUUGAAGAUAUUCAAAAAGCUAAAUUAAGGAGGGGUCCCGGCCGUGCUUGUCUAUGUGAGUGGCAGUCCUGCCCGUCCUGCAUCCAUGGAUGACCCAACCAGCCAAGGAGUCUUUCACCCAAUUGAACACAUCCGUACCACGUUCUGUGUGGAGCAGCUGGAACUUGGGUGGAUUGUGGAUUGUGGUGCCCCCCCCCCCCAAGGCUGUCAUCGAUCAUAGUAUCGAAGCAGGAUGGGAUGUGGGUGUCGUCUCGUAUCUCUGUGACCCGGCUUCUCCAAAGCUGAUGGCUUGGCCCCGAGGACCUCAGUCACAGCAGGGUUCCUCCUCACCCACGGAGGGGAGCCUUCCUCUACCUCGACAGUCAAGUGGGGUCAAGAACAUACAAAUUCCAGGCCCCACACAACUUAGUGAACGUGCGCAGGAACAACGGCUUAAGAGAAAGGUUGAUAUUCGGGGGACACGACUUAAUUUACAUGCAAAAGUUUAUUUAUUUAUUGUAGAGGAUGAAUGAAUCAAAAUUAAAUGGGGGCGGGGAGGGGGGGCACACGACCCCCUGGUUCCAACACCUUGCAAAUGAAUGACAUGAUGUUAUGUUUGCCAUUUGCACACUUUCACUGGAAUUGUUUUGUUUCUUUUUCAAUAAUUCCUUCUCCCUUUUGGCACUGGUGAGUGGUGGCAAACUGGUGACAGUGAUGCUUGGUGUGUGAGCACAGGGUCAGCCGACCCGGAGCAUUUCGGGGGUAUAGGAGCUUACUGAAGGAUCCAGCGCAAAUGCGACUAUUCUGCCCCCUGGUGAUUUACAAAUGGCUUCGCUCAUGGCGUCCCCC